CCCACAAGCAAAAGAUUUCUGCGGAGUAGUACUACUGUUCCCCGCCCCCCUCCCCUUCUUCCAUUGAUUGCCCUGCUUUUCUCCACGCAGCGCGACGUUGCCACCGCCGCCGCCUCCUCCUCUCCUCCACACGGCAAGGCCACGAACCAACCCCCGUCCCCCCUCUCCUCGCAAAUGCCGCCUGCCUGCUCCGGUGCUCGCGCGUGAGCGAGGGAGCGCGGCCGCCCCGGCCUGCUUCCUCGGGUGCCCGCGUGUGGGCGGCUAGGGCGCGAGGCGAGCGCGGCGGCCCGGCCGCGCGGGGGCGACAUGGGAGAGAUGGAUUUGAAGGCCGCGGUGCUCUCCUGGUCGGUCCAGGAGGUCACCGACGACGACUCCUACAGGGGCAAGCAUUCUUUCAGCAGAGUUUGUGCGGGUUGUUGUUCCUGAUGGAAAAGCUGUAGAUGCAAUGGUUCCAUAAACUGUGAAAAGGACUUCCACUCCCCUCAAUGGGACGGAACAUGAGAUACGUGCACUUCCAAUUUUGCAGUUUACUGUCUUGUAAUUGUCCUAUCUUUACCUGGUUGUAACAAAAUGCAUUCACGCUAAGUUUUUUUUUGUACUUUUCAUGCUAACUUAAAAAAAACAGUAGUUAACCAAAAUUGAUUGAACAUGAGGAAUGAAGUGAGAUUGAGAAAUCUAAAGGCUAAGAACUGGUAGGGAGUGAUUAGUUAGUAGUACCUGCACCCAUUGGCUUCGUAAAUUAAUUCAAUGCCAAGAAGGCAUGGGCAAUGCUAUUUUGGUUUCUUUGUAGCUUCGUCACAUUACAAUAUUAUUUCUGUAAUUGUAUCACUGUUUUUGGAAUUUUAUGUAUUGUGGUAUCGUCACAUCCAUAUAAUGUACCCAGGCAACGUAGUCACAUCCAUAUAAUGUACCCAGGCAACGUAGUUUCUUGACGAGUAAACUAUAAGUUACUGGAAUUUUGUGUUUGAUGUAUGUCCAGUGUCAACAUAGGAUUCUUAUGUCACAAAAAUGUGAUUCUGAAAUAAUUACCAGAUUUUGAUCAUAAACUUUGUUACUACACCACUUAUCAUAUAUACCAUGACUACUAUGGUCAUUUCCAAUCAGUUUUUGAUCUUCUCCAAUUUGCCAAAAGGUGAAAUUCUAAUUUGUUGUUAACAAUGGUCUGAUGUGUUUCAUCUUGCUACUUUUGUUUAGAUUAUGGCUUUGUUUUAAGCUACGCUGUCGUGGUUCUAGUAAAAUAUUAUCAGCUCCUUUUCUUCUGUUGAUUGGUGUCAUUAUCUCAAUGCAGGUAAACAUAGAUGAGGGGGAAAGCUUCAUCCUCUGUCUUCUCCCCCUCACUAUUUGCCUGCUGAGAACGGACAAAGUUCCCGUGGUGCUAAGAAUAUACCAUGAUACCCUUAUUACUGUUAUGAAAGCUUCAACCAAAUCCACUGUUAUGUAGAUGCUUCCAGUCUUAAUUUCCAGAAAAUUUAGACGAGUAGCAUGUAAUAAUGGUCUUAUGUUAUGAAGCCUCACGAUUACAGAGAAGCUUCAACCAAAUCCACUGUUACAUGACUAGAUUCUGAUUCAGUAACUGGGGACAGAGCUGCCAAUUCUGAUGCUGGAGGGCAUUCUUUACCAAAUAAGCUGCGUAGUCUAUCAUCUGAAGGGUUUGUUCAACUGUUAUCGGCUAUUUUUAGGAUAGUUCUGGUACAUCUGCUGCAAGCAGCUGAAGUUAAAAAAAUAGUUCAGUGGAUCACGAGAAACCUUGAUGGGAACAUGAGUUCUGAUGACACAAAUCCUGUCAUACAACAUGGUGGAUCAGUUGACUUUUCCCAAGGGAAUGACAACGGUGUUACUUCACGGGUCUCCAAUACUGUUACAUGCAGUACUACUAAGCUUCCAUUGUUUGAAGGAAAAGCAACUGAUAUGUCCAGUACAAAUUCAAUAAAAAAAAUGCUCGAGCUGAUAUGUUGAGAGAAAGCACAGAAGCAGUUUUUGCUGCAUGUGAUGCUGCACAUGGACGAUGGGCUAAGCUGAUAGGUGUUCGUGCUGCUCUACAUCCCAAGUUGAGGAUUCUUGAGUUCCUGAUCAUCCAUAAUACACCCUCUGUUUCUAAAUAUAAGAUGUCCCGCUGGUUCCAUUUAAUCUGUCAAAACGCCUUAUAUUUAGGAACGGAAGUAGUAUAAAAGAAGAAUCUAUAGCUGGUACAGAAAAGGUUAUUAAUUUUCUGUUUAAAUAAUAUGCACAGACACAUAUUAGUUUCAUAAAAGCAAGUUAUGAUAUUAUCUUAACCUCUUGUCCUCAUAGAUUGGAGGCAGGUUAGGUUACAACAUUCGUGGACUAUCAGCAUAGUGUUCAGAUGACAAAAACUAUGGCAGUUCUUGACCAAGAGACGUGGGUUGCUGUUGACAUUCCUGAAGAAUUCCAAGUGAUUGUUUUGUCACUGCCAUCAACUGAGGUUCUUGUUAAUGAUGUUGAGAUGCCUAGCACUGGUAACAACUCAAAGCUCAGUGAGGAUGGAGUUUGUACAAGUCAAGAGUCGCAUAUUCAACUGAAAAUAAUGUUGAAAAUAACAGUGGAACAUCUAUGAGGUAUUUGUACCGUGUGCCUCUGAUUGAAGACAUGGUCAGAUCUAUGGUCAUGCCUUGAACUCAUCAGUGAAGCACCCUUGCUCAUGCCUUGAACUCAUCAGUGAAGCACCCUUGUUGAAAAUACUUUCCAUGGAGGUAACAGGAAAAUCGGGAUCAUACUUUAUGGAUGUGGAUUUUUGGGGCAAUGAUGAUGUUUUUCUACUGGGCUUAUUCUGCGAGGAAUGAUGACAUAUUUGUUUUGUCUAGCAUAAAACCUGAAGCUGCAGAGGACUUAAACUGCCAUGGUGUGACAUAUUAUUGUUUGGCAAUAGUCACUGAGGUUUCUAUGGUUGAUGAAUACCAGAACGGCUUCAGAGUCAAAGUUGCAAAGAAUAUUGGUCUGGACGAAGACUUAAACAAACUCGAACAUGCAAUAUUUCUCAAUAAUAUCACAAUAAACGUACGGAUAUGGAAAGCACUUACCUGCAAAACACACAUGAAUGACAAUUUCACACUAAUCAAGUCCCUCUUAGCCCCCACAAAUCUGGGUGAGGAUGUUUGUGGUAUCUGUGUUAAACAGGAUGGAGUCUGUUUGGCUUCUUUCGCAGAGACAUCCGGAAAUUAUUGGGCGAGGAUGCUAUUGAAUCUGUCAUCUCAGCUGUAAGAUGUGGGCGUGUGAAGUGUAUAUGGGGUCCACCAGGUAUGCAAAGAAGCUGGAUUCGUGACAAGUUUAUUUGAGAGAUUGGUUAUGCUCAAAUUUGAUAAACAUUUGUUGAAUAUACAGUAUCACAUGAAUCCUUCUGUCAGCUUAUUUCCAAGUGCUAUGAGAGGAAGAUUUUAGAUGGUUCCAUUGUCAUGUCUCCUAGUUGUGAUAAGGAUUACACAUGCGUCCCUUUUGUCAGCUACACGUUUCUAAAUGUCACUGAUGGAAGAGAAGACGAAGAGGGCGCAUGAAGCAGUCGUAGAAACAUGGUUAAAGUUGCUGUUGUUUGCAACUAAUCCAUUCCAUCUUUAAAUGUUGGAUAAGGACAGACCAAGGGCUCAGCAUAGUCCACGGUCUCUCCAUAUAUUGCUCAAGUUGAUGCAAUUAAAAGUCGACCUGCCAAAAAAUAUGACACAUAUGAUGGCUUUCAUGUGCGGGUGAAGUCCAUUGAUGAUUUCCAAGGAGAAGAUGAUACAUCAAUACAAUCAACUGUUAAGAGAGGAGUUGUAGGAUUUCUUGCUGAUAACCAAAGAACAAAUGUUGCUCUUACUAGAGCAAGGCGUGCAUCAAUUUAUUCGGGACCCCUUGUUUUAUUGCUGCUCAAAGUAUGUCAGACCGAUUCUACAAAUUAUCAGAGAGAUGUAAAUGUGUUUUCAGUGCCACUAAUGAUGCAACCAUCUGUAAGUUGGUUCUGCAAGUAAAGCAAGAGCUUGAUGAACUUGACGAUCUUCUUAAUGCUGAUUCAGUGGGUUUCAGCCAUACCAGAUGGAAGGUAAGUAUUUAGCCAGUUUGACUUUGAACAUGCUUUCAUGUUUUCUAAUAUGUCGCUGCACUUAAAUUACCCAAAAUGCAAACAACAUGUAUGUACAUUUGUCCUAUUAGACUUAUAACUGUUGUCAGGGAGUUAUAGUUUACUGAGUAUACAAUUCCUUUAUAGUGUGAUUUUGUUUGUGUUGAUGAAUAGAUCUGUACUUCACUUUUUAGAAUCAUGUAUGUGGUUCGCUUGUCUCUGCUAGGCUGUUUGCUCUGUAAUUGGAUUUUGCGAGGUUUGUAGGACAUGUGCUACUUUGUACCAUGCUAUGUUAAUCAUUACGUGGUUCUUUACAUAGAGUACGUGUCAUCUUGAGAACCUCCUAGUUUUCUUGAAGAACACAUUGUCCUUUCAUUUUUCUCGUAUAUGUUAGGAAAUAUGCAACUUAUAUUUUCAGGUGGCCAUAGGCCAAUAUAUAUACAUGUAGAGGUGCGGUACAAUAUGCAGAAAACAAAGAAGACAUGUAAUAUAUCCAGGUGUGUUGAGAGAAAUCAUGUGUGAAGAUAAUAUAGUAGCGAUAACCUCCUUUCAAGUCAAAGGGAGCUGGACCCUAGUCAUCAGAGUUAACUGGAGUCUCGGCGGGCGCCAUUGCAAAUGGCGCCUCGGUAGGUGCCCCUCGGGAUAUCUCCGCGGCCAGCGCCGGGGACAUCCGCGGGGGCGUCUUGCUCCGCGGCGUCUUGCUGGCCUCCUCCACCCCUGCUGUGCUGCGGGGAACGGCGACCGCCGCCGUCGGCCCUUCCCUCCGCCGGGCGAGGCCCUUCUCGAAUACUCGCUAACAGUCUUCUCCUCUUCGGUAUGUUUACCCCUUUCCGCCGCCCUCUCCUCGCCUACCAUGGUUUGGCUGGGGGUCCUGCUGCCGGCGCCUCUGCCGCCGUCCACCGCCGUCGUAGCCCUGCUCAAUGGUUGGAUUGGCUCGCCCUUUGCUUACCCUUUAAUUGUUCAGUUUAGCGACUGCUUAUUCUCUUUUACCGUUGCUAAUCGUAACAUUGCUAGUUUCAUUCUGUCGCUCGUGGGGAUUAACUACAAGGGCUUAGUUGUUCGUUUCCUGGCUAAUCCUCCCCCUGUUGGACUGCCUCUGCCUCGUCUUUUUGCUGCCCACACAUCUCUCCUCUCUGCCCCUGAAACCCGGGCCUUUCAACCCCUGUCGUCAUCCCCCUCUAAUGCGACUUGGAGCGUCGACUGUGUUGCUGCCCCGCGUGCGAAUCCGUACCUGGCCUAUCCCGACGCGGGCCCGGCAACCUCAAACGUCACCUCCUCGUCGCGAUCCUGCCUAACAUCUACCCUACACAUCUCCUGUAGCGUCGUCCGUGACACUUGCUUGGACGAUCGUCCCCCCCCCCCCCCCCCCCCCCCCCCCGCCUGAGCUGCCACGUAGCUUGUCUAGUUUCGCUGUCACCCGCGCUACAUCUCGGCCUCCCGUUUUGGAUGUUUCAGCCACUGGUAUCCUGCCUCUUCCUUUUGGCCCGCUGCAACUGGUCCAACUGGCAUGCCGCUCCACGCCAUCGCCGACUGCAGGGCGCAUGCAUGCUCCUCUGUGUUCGGCCAACCCGAGGCGCCCUGGUUUCCCUCCUCGCAGGCGGCGACCCAUGCUUGAUGCCUCUGCCCCUGGGAUCCUGCCGCGGCCUCCGGGCCCGCUCUCGUGGUCAACUUCUCCCCAUCGUCAGCCAGAGGUACACGACAGCCCGCCUUCUGUCAGGCCGCAAACCACGGGAUGUGACAACGGCGAGGCCGAGGCCGCCCGCCUGACGUUGCCUCGACUGUCGCUCUCCCAUGCCGGCAGCCCGCAUGCAGGACCGUUGGCAUCUUAUGCCCAUGCCCUUCUUGCUUCCUCUUAUAGCAUGCACCCCCAUGCAUGCGUCCACACAGCUCAUCCCUCCCGCCUAAAAAUCUCAACGCCAUGAACCCUGCUUCCGAUGCCUUGCUCUUGACCACCAAGUUCGCGACUGCCGAGACCCCGUGAGGUGUUGCCGAUGCUGGCGUGUGGGCCACACCCAGCAUGGGUGCACGGCUAUUUUACCCCCAGCCAACCCCUUGCCUCUCCUCAACCCUGCGCCUGCCCUUGCUCCUAGCCCUCCUCUCGCACAACCUGCCUUGAGCUCUCCACCGCCUUCCCAGCCCGCUCCGGCUCCCAUGGCUGACUUCAUCCCCCUGGAGCUCACCUUCUCCGAGGACGAGCAGCCGCCGUCCCCUGCCCACGCAUCCCCACCACGCAUCUUUGCCUUCCCGGAGCAGACUGCGGCGGCGGAAGUCGACGAUGAGGCUUUUGAGGAGGAGGACCCGGGCGAGGUUGAGUUCGAAUCGGGAGAGGAAUCCACUGAUUCGGACGCAACCCAAUCCCUUUUUCUCUCCUCUCCUCCUAGGCACUGUCGGGAUUUCUCCAACGUUUUCAUGCCUUUCACCCCCAUUGAGCAUUUCCAAAACCUCGCAUACGCCAUUGUCAACCCUCCUCACCCCUCCCCCCAAGCUUGUAUCCGCCGUGCUCUGCAGACCAGGGCUGGCAACCGCCCUGUGAUGAUUCGGGCCUCCUCCUACGGGGUGGGGUUGGUCGUGUUUGGUUCGGCCUAUGAGCGCGAAGUUUCCAUCCUCAACAGUCCUCUUUCCUGCCCCAUAAACACCGUUAGCCUUGUGUGUCACGAAGACACCGAAAACCGCUUCCUUUUCCGUCUUGGCACGGUCUCCGCCCUUCAUAUCGAGGAUUUCCCUCUCGAGUACUGGUUUACUCCUACCAUCAUCAACUCCAUUGUCCCUUUCGCAUGUCCCAUCGAGAUUGACCCUGUUUGCCUUACCGGUGUGGACUACUCUGCUGUCCUAGUCUUCGUCAAGUCUUGUACCCUCACUGACGUCCCUCAUACCAUCCCGGUUCAUGGCUUCUCCGGCCUCGGUGCUAUUCCUCCGGUCCUUGUCAUCCACUCCCAAGAGCUCCCGCCCGACCCUGCUUUCGCGGGCCUCGACUCCGACUCCGACAACAACGGUGGCGGUGGCGGGGACGACAGCGAUGAGGGGAGCGGCGAGUUCCCCGGCGGCAUGGACCUGAACCUGUCGGCCCCUUCCCCUCCACCAACCGACGAUGCUGGAAAAGGCCACACUUCGGAAGGAGAUGAAGCUGGAAGGCAAGAAGAGGGUGGCCCCGCGCAAUGAGCUGUUGCUGCCGGCGGUGGAGUUCAUGGAGCUUGCCGCUGAGGGCCCGCCGCCGCUCCCGCGCAAGGAUGCUCUCCAGCUUGCCAUGGCUUGUGGCGUUCCCGAGAUCGACCUCAACAUGGUGCCCGCCGGUGACGGCAAAUUGGGGGAGCGUAGGUCCACAGCAUGCCCACCUUGGAUCUGCUGGAACUCUUUCCCUCAAAUUAAAGCGUACCAGGGACAUGGCAAAAAAGUGGUUGUCCAACAGAAGAUCGCCUAAGAUCAUAGCCUUAAACUGCCAUACCACUAUCGAUUUCCUGGAUAAGCUGGAAGAGGCCAGGACGUUGUCGUCUCUCGAAUCCGAUCUUCGGCUUGCGAUCAAGCUUUCGCUGCACCGCCAUAAUGCUGCCAUUGCAGCCUACUGGAGGCAACGGGCAAAGGUUAAGGACUGCGUUUUCGGUGACGAAAACUCGGCCUACCUUCAUAUUUGUGCCUCGGUCAGACACCGAAAAAACCAAAUCAAAUCCCUUGAAAACAAUGGCACUACCUUCACUGCGCAUCGUGACAAGGAGGCUGUUCUUUUGAACUUCUUCAAAAACUUGGUGGGCGUAAGCCAUCCUGUCUCCUUUUCUUUGAUCUAGAUAGUCUACUUCUCCCGAACUCGAUUACUUCCGCUCAAGCUUCCAACCUCUCUGCUCCUUUUACUUUGGAGGAAAUAAAGGCUGCUCUAUGGGCCAUUAAGGACGAUGCAAGCCCCGGGCCUGAUGGUUUUGGCCUCGCUUUUUACAAGAGCAACUGGGAUCUUGUUAAAUUGGAUCUUCUCAAUUUGCUUAAUGAUUUUCAUGCUGGCUCAGCAGACCUUAUGCAUUUGAACACAGCUCACAUCGUGCUCCUACCAAAGAAGUCUGACGCCGCUAAGCCAGAAAACUAUCGCCGUUGAAGUUUAAACUGUGUUCCGUGAGGUUCCACGAGAUUUGGGCUUAUCAGAAGGGUGUUAGGCGAUGUUAUGCCAAUCCUCACGAAGAAAGUCGCGUAGCGUGUUUUCCUGUUGGGGGUCCAGGCCUGUUCCAAUUGAGGCUGUUUUGGACGGGUCCUCGGGGUGGACUCAGAAUUUAAUGAUCUCGUCGCCGGGUUUGAACGAUGUUGACUUCGAGCGCUUUGCGAGGAUUACAUCGUCUUUAUCAACCUUUGCUGGCAGCUCGGAUAAUUCUUCGACUCCUAAGGCUUCGGCUUCGGCCUCCAUGGCAAGGGUGCGAUUUCGUCCUCGGUUCUAAACGACCGAUUUGGGUUGCCGCAGACAGUGAUGAUAUGUUUGGGCCUGGUCAUCUUCUUCCGCAGAGAGAAGUCCACAUUUUAACGCCAAAUUGACCACUCGGUUUGAUUUAUAACCCUCGUCUUCGAAAAUGGUCGGAAUGCACCCUCUACUUACCAUAAAGUUCAAAACACAACCCUGAUUUCAUUUUUUGGCUAAUCAACUAGUUUCGACCAAAGUCAAAGCUGACUAGGCAUGCCAACUCAGCAGCCAAUGCCACACAAGCAUCUAAUCGAGUCUCUCUCUAUUCAUUUUUCCUCUAUCAAGCCGUGACCCAUGCUCUCAAAGUCUUCGCCGCAUGGCACGCCUCACUUCCCCCACCCCACCCAUGGCCGCCACCAACUUUGUCGCCGCUGAGCGGCGAUCGUUGGUGGUGCCACACCGCCCCCAUGCGAGGUUACAUUCUUCUUUCAGUUCCUCUUGUUAGGGAAUAUGCACCUUGUAUUCCCAUAGGGCCAUAGGCUGCGCUCUAGUCUGGGCCUUCGUAAAGAAAUCUGCCAACUGUAACUUGGAAGGCACAUACUGAAGAGCAAUAACCUGAUCCAGCACACCAGCGCGCACAUAGAAAGCAUUAACACCAAUAUGUUUGGUGAGCUCAUGCUUCACAGGGUCGCGCGCAAUGCUAAUAGCACCUGUACUGUCAGACAUGAGCAUAGUAGGUGUAGUGAUAGAAACACCAAAGUCCUGAAGUAACCACCAUAACCAAGUCACCUAUGCCGUCAAAAGAGCCAUAGCUCGCAACUCAGCCUCUGCACUCGAACGUGAAACCGCAGUUUGCUUCUUCGUCUUCCAGGCAAUGAGUGAACCACCAAGGAAAACACAAUAAGCAGAAAGUGAACGGCGAUCUGAGGGAUCACUAGCCCAGGUAGCAUUCGAAUAGGCCCGAAGCUAUAAGGAACCGGAGUGAGGAAAUAACAGACGGUGAGAGAUCGUGCCCGAAGUAUCGAAGAACACGAAGGAGGUGACUAUAGUGAACCAAAGUGGGGGCGUAGACAAACUGACUCAGAACAUGGACCGGGUAGGAGAUAUCAGGACGAGUGACAGCUAGAUAGACAAGACUCCCAACAAGAUGAUGAUAACGCGUCGGAUCAGGCAAGGGGUCACCAUCAGUAUCACGAAGGUGAACAUUGAGCUCCAUAGGAGUCUCAACAGUGCACUUAUCAGUAAAAGCAGCACGAGCAAGAAGAUCCUGGAUAUACUUUUCCUGAGAAAUAGAAAAGCCAUCAGAGGUAGAAGAGACCUCGAUCCCAAGAAAGUAGCGAAGAGGGCCAAGAUCAGACAUAAGAAAUUGCUCACUAAGACAAGCCUUCACAAAGGCAAUAUACUUGGGGUCGUCACCAGUGAUGAUCAUGUCAUUGACGUAGAGAAGAAGAGUCCGACCAUGAGUUGAAAGAUGGACAAACAACGCUGGAUCAUGAGCACUUGCUGAACAACCAACGACAGUCACCACAGAGGCAAAACGCUAACCAGGCGCGAGGGGCUUGCUUAAGGCCAUAGAGAGAGCGACGAAGACGGCAUACCAUACCAUCAGGAACAGAAUACCUAGGUGGGGGCUGCAUGUAAAUCUCCUCACGCAGCUCACCUUUAGGAAAGACAUUCGUAACAUCAAGCUGAGAUACAAACCGGUGUCGAACAGAGGCCACGACAAGAAGUGUGCGAACAGUGGUCGUAUGGGCCAAAGGAACAAAAGUCUCAUCGUAAUCACAACCAUGCUCCUACUGAAAACCACGAGCCACAAGACGAGCUUUGUAACGCUCAAGAGAACCAUCAGAGUCUUAACCUUGUAGACCCACUUACAAGUGAUUGGACGAACACCAAGAGGAAGAGAAACAAGGUCCCACGUGCUGGUACGGUCAAGGGUAGAAAGCUCCUCUGCCAUCGCAAACUGCCAUUCGGGAUGAACAACAGCUUGACGAUAAGAAGUCGGCUCAAGAACAGCAGCACCGGCACUUGGAAAACCAAGGCGAUCAAGAGGAGGAAGCGGACGAGGACGCAAGCCAUAAGUAGGCUGAGAGGACGAAGAUGGCACAUCAUAAGUAGAUGGCUCAUCAAUAGAUGCAUCCACAACACGUGGACGACGAGUAUAAUACUGAGGAGAUGGAAGAAUUCGAGGAAGAAUCUCUAAGGUAGACUCGGGAGAUGGAGAUGAAGAAGUCAUCGGGGAUGAAGGUGCAGAAUCCGGUGACAGGCGAGGUGAGGAAACCAUGGGAGAGGGUGACGGUGGAUCGACAAUAGGCGGAGAAGCAGGGUGAUAGGUGUGUCAGGAAAAGUGAGGAAAGAGAGAUCCUCAACUGAAAAGGUCGAGGAAGAUGGUUGCGGGUAGAAGGGACGAGAUUCAUCAAAAAUCACAUCCUGAGAAAUACGCAUCCAACAAUCGAUAGGAUCCCAACAAUGAUAGCCCUUAUGCUCAUGACUAUAGCCUAAGAAGACACACUAAACGGACUGAGCGGUCAGUUUGGUGCGUUCACGGGGGGCAAGAAGAACAUAGCAAACGCAACCAAACAAACGAAGCGCCGAAUAAUCAGGAAAACGAUCAAAGAGACGCUCAAAGGGAACACCACCUUGUAGAGUAGCGGAUGGCUGAAGGUUGAUGAGAUAGGUGGAGGUGGAGACAACCUCGGCCCAAAAAUGAGACGGAAGAGAGGCGGCGAUCAUCAACGCAUGAGCCGUCUCAAGAAAGUGACGAUGCUUUCGCUCAGCCACACCAUUCUGUGCGUGAGCACCAGGACAAGAGAACUGAGAAAGAGUCCCCUGCUCAGCAAGAACACCGCGCAACAUCUUGGAAAUAUACUUGCCAGCGGAGUCAGCACGAAACACGCGAAUGGGCGAAGAGAACUGCGUGUGAACCAUGGCAGCAAAACGCUUGUAGAUGGACAAAACCUCACUGCGAGAAGUCAUAAAAUAAAGCCAAGUGUAACGAGAGAAAUCAUCUAUGAAAAUAAUAUUAGUAUUGAUGGCCCUCUUUCGAAGCGAAGGGAGCCGAACCCCAUACAUCGGAAUGGACUAAAUCAAAAGGACCUUGAGGCACUGACUCACUAGUGGGGUAAGGUAACUGAAUCUGUUUGCCAAGCCUACAACCCUGACACUCAAAAGAGACAUCUCCUGAGACAGACCUCGACGAACUAAAGAUGACAAACGAGAACCAUAAAGAUGUCAAAGUCGAUGAUGCCAACCCCAAGGUCUAACUAAAGACAUCUCCUGAGGCAGCGGAAGGAACAUGAAGCUAGUUAACUAAAGACCCCGAGGUCACGGCGGCGAGGGCCAACCCCAACCAAAGUGUGCGUGCGACGAUCCUGAAUAGAACAAGAGUCAACGUAACAGGUUCAUGGUAAGUCGAGGAACAUGUGCCACAUCAGGAAUAGAAUAAGUGGUAAGAUUGCCUUGACUAGCAACAAAAAGAGGAGUACCAUCAGCAGUGAGUACAUGAACAGGAAAAAUCAAGCGAUCUAAGAGAGGACAAAUUGGAAGAAUGAGAAGACAUAUGAAAAGAAGCUCCGGAGUCCGGAACCCAUGGGGAUGUACCUGACUGUGUAGUGGGUGGUUGCUCACUGCGGGAAGCAUUAGUCACAGAACCUGCAGUACCCGUCGAAGAACCUGAAGCGGCAAGCUCACACUUAAGUCUUGGAAUAUCCUGCUCGGUCAAGGAAGUGGCUGAAGAUGUCAAAGUAGAAGUCCCUGAAGAUGAUGUCCGCGCCUUACGCAUGUGUCACUUCUUCUGGAAGCACUGACUCAACAUGACCAUCCUUGUUACAGUAGCUACAGUGAGGACGAGAGCGGCCCUGACCGCCAGUAGGAGUCGGCGGAGCACUGGAGCGAGGAUUAGUCGGUGCAGCAUGCGGCAGAGUAGGAGCUCGAGUAGCAAGCACAAAGGGAACCUCAAGUAAAGCAGCACCACAUCAGCGAGUCUCCUCAGCACGAAUCUUUGAAAGCGCCUCCAUGAGAGAAAUACGGCCAUGAGCAAACAACUGAGCGCGCCGGGGCUCCAACUCCUUACGGAGCCGAGACAAGAACUCGUAGACACGAUGAAACUCCAAAUCAGCCCGCACAGCCUGGCAACAUUGACAAGUACGACAACAAGCACUGCGGAGAGAAUCAAGCUCAGAACUCUGUGCAUAGAAAUCAUAAACAGUGGAGUCACCCUGCUGAAGAGCAAGCUCCUGGCGGACAACAGACAGGUAUAAGGCAUCACCAGAGGGCUGAUAGCGCUGACGAAGACGGGUCCACAUCUCAAAUACGGUAGGGAGGCCCAAGAACUCAGAGGCAAACUGAGGUAGAACGCUAGUAGUGAGAACAGCUGCGGCACGAGCAUCAUCAUCAAGCCACUGAGUAUAAGCAGACAAAGCCUCAUGAUACGUGUGAAGAGCCUCCUCAUAAGUCAAAACUUGCUCAUCAUAAGCACGAACGACAGCAUCAUCAGCAAGCUUAGCUGCAUCCUUCGCAGCCUGAGUAGCAUUCGCAACAACCGGUAGUGUCGGUGGAGUAGGGGCCACAGGAGGAACCGAGCACGGCGGACAGCGGACCUCGCCAAGAAGAACGCCCCAUAGACGAAUGCCACACAUAUGAAUGCGCAUGAAGCCAACGAACUUGAUGUUGGUGCCAUCAAAAUUCACCGGGCAACGAGGAACUGCAACAUAGCCUGAUGUUGUAGACAUUUUUCUUUUUUUGACUUUUUUGGCAAUCACUGGGCAGACAACAGUACAGAAAGAGGGUCCUGGCGGUCAGUGCUCGCUGCAGCAGCAGAUUGAUGGGACGAGAGCCAACAGCAGAGACGAGCCGGAGGUGGUGGAAUCCGGCGAGGGGCGGCCAGACUAGACGAGGGCGACUAAGACCGGCGACUGGCGGCCAAAUCCGGUGAGGGGCGGCCGGACCGGACGAGGGCGACGAAGACUAGCGACCGUAUCCGGCGAGGGGCGGCGAAAAACAGGGCUUCGGAAGAUCGAUCGCAGGCGAAGGCUCUUGUGGCUGGCUUGAUCUGGAUCGAUCGCUGGAGGCUGCGAUCUGGACGGGAGGGAGUUGAACGGCAGCGUCACUGCAGGGAAGGAGACGAGCGGCCUUGGGUUGACCGGCUGCUACGAUGGAGAGAAAAAGCAGCGGCGGCGGCCACAGAGGAUCAAUAGCACGAGUUGCAGUGUGCAAAAAAUUGACCUAGCUCUAAUACCAUGUUAGGGAAUAUGCAACUUGUAUUCUCAAAGGGCCAUAGGCCAGUAUAUAUAUACAUGUACAGGUGCAGGAAAUAUGCAAAAAAAACUUAUACGAUGGGGUAAAUACGAAAGGCUACAUGGCUAUAUAUAUAGUACUCUUAACACCUCGUAUCCUCUAACCCAAGCCACACCACCAGGUAGAGGGGAUGGACCUGCUCCUAUCCCGACAGGGCACUCUCCACCUUGACAGCCACUCCACCGCCAAGGCUGGGCCCUGCCUCCAUGCCAUGGGGCCUCCGCUUGCUCUAUCUCUGAUCAGCCCGACCCCUCUCGAUCGCAUUUGCAGCAACACCCUAUGUGGCAUCGCCCUCUCUUGCCCGCGCCUCCACGAAAUGGACGCUGACGCCCUUGUCUCGAACAGAACAAUUUACUCAGUGCCCAAGGGUGUACAUAUACACAAAGCACAUGCAGGUACUCUAACUAACGCUAACUUCUGUCGUAGCUAUCUCCUAAUAUCUAGCUGCAUGGGAUCGUGCGCACAUGUAUAUCUCAUCUAGUUACAGAGAUGCAACGACUAGUAGAGCUACGUGCAAGCAUGCAUGCCAUGUUGACCUGUAGAUGCAUUCCAACACUAUCCACGGGGAAGGACACAGCUGGCCAUCGUUGUUCGGUAGGGAAGGACGAUGCCGGGGAGCAGCGGGAAGUCGUGGAGGUGGGUGGGCUCUCGACUGAGCGGUUCGAGGCAUGCGUCAUGCAAUCAGGCGGUGUGAGGCAUGCGGGUGAGCCGAGCAAACCGCGUGGCCGCUAGCGGACAACUCUGGAGGUGGGUACGCACGUGGCAGGGCAGUGCGACACGCAUGGCCUGCGGCGAGGAAUGGUGGGAGGAUGGCGAGGAAGAUAAGUGAUGUUUAGAGGGGUACACGAGCAAUCCCAUGAGCGAUGAUCUAACUAUCAUUAGAUCCCUUGUUGGUAGAAGAUGAAGUAGGAUGAGCCAUAAGCUUAUCAGCAGCGAGCUUCUCAGGAGCGAUUCCGAGCCGGCCACCAAUGCGUUGAAUAUCACGCGAGUAUGGGGUAGCGCACCAGACGGAGCAACAUCUUUGUCAGUAGCUUGGUUCAGGCAUGGAGAAGGCUUCGGCGUUGCAGACGAAGUCUUGCACUUCUUAGAAGGACGAACAAAUGGCUUCUUCAUCGGGCUAGGCUUGAUCACAGCAGGUGAGCUCUUAGAACCAUCACGAAGAGCACUAAGCCGAGCACUGCGACGAACCCGAGACUCCACCAGAAUCUUAGCGUUAGUAGCUCCAACAACUUUACGGGACCACCCUUUUGGCUGCUUCACUGGUACAACAUGCUUCACUGGUAGAACAAAGAAAGUGAAGUUCAUGGGAGCAGGAACAUCCUAAAUGGGGCAAUCAACAACACCAAAAUCAAAACAGAGCGAGUGAGCCACAUGUCUCUUCACUGGAGAAGAACGUCUGAUAGGAGAAACAGAACGCCUCUGCUAGAGCUCGACAGAAAGCGGGAACUGAAAGGCCAUAGCAUCUCCACUAGGAUCUCUUGGUUAGCACAAUUGGACCAACAUGAGACAUAAAGAUCGAUUAGGAACUUUAGCAACCCACAUGAGCGGCAUCAACCGCUCAAAGUUGCGAUGCAACUGCAUCACAGGAGGAAGAACCGGGCCAAAACUAUAAUUACUCGGCCAAGCUGAAUCACUGGCUGAGCACCUGGAGGCUGAUACAGAACCAAAGCACCGUGCUAUUGUGCCUCAAGAACACCAUUGUUGAUUGAAUUAAUAGAGCCAUCUGAAACCUGACGGACCAUGGAUUCCUGGGAGGGCUCCUACACAACUUGUAGCUUGUUUUCAACCUCCACAUAAACUUGCUAGUUGUGGUUAUUUGCAGGUGAGGGAACGUCGUUCCACCCAAUCUCAGGAAACUCUGUCAUAGCCCAGUUGUUAUAAAAUGCAUCUGCCCUGGAAGCGAGUGAGGGUUACCCUUAAACGGCACGAGAUCCUUAUUAACCAGAAAAACAUCCGCAAAAUCAGUAGACAACACAUAGACUGGCGUAGUCCAAGAAAUCCUGGUUGCUCUGGAAUCCUCAUAGGCUCAUACUCUUGAUAUACCAUAUCUCUAGGAACAAGUGAAGGAGCAGGGAAACAAACAUAUGCCAAAGUGUGUACAAGCCUAGGAUCAUUCUCGUAGCAGCCAUGGAAAGGUCAAUGGUAUUGAUAGCAUUUGAGAUGUACUCUCUACGAUGGCAAUCCAACAAAAUCGCAAGGAUCAUUAUCGAACCACAACGAAAACCAUGUGUAGCCCUAUAAUUGAUCCCUUCAUCAUGCGGAAUAAAUCUGACAAAACAACCGUUCCCCAAAUUGAAAGGAGGAUGAUCUACCAUAGUAUGCCUACCCGCAGGGCUACGGAAUCAAAACAGACCGACACCUUGAAUCCAUGGUUGAGCAUCUAAAAUAUCCCUCCCUAGAUUGUUAACAACAAAGUCACAACCAAAUUGCGGAAGUGGAACACUUCCUCAGGAAGCGGCGAUGGUUCGACAAUGGCGAUGGCGAACUCCUCAUGCCUCCUGUUUGGCGCCAUGGCCGGCAAGAAGAAAAAUCUGAGGCAGCCAGAGUGGCCCACCGUUAAUGAUGUUGAAGCCUGGUGGUGUGAACUCUUCAGGAUCAAGCUCGAAAUUGGCCAUCUGCCCGAGAGGAUUAGACUUUCGAGGAAGGGGAGAUGGCGAAGAGGGCAAAGGAGGUGACAACUCGAUGGGACUUGACAUUGGUCGAAUAGCAAGGCUUUGGUGGAAACUUGAGGCGUCGGGUGAGUUAAUCCUGGUAGACUGACUUGGAGAAGUUGCAUUAAGCUUGAGGACCCACCUAACACCCAUUGCAGGUGCAGAUACAGUGCAUGAUUUUGCUUUGUGGCCUUUGCGAAAACAAGAUGACAUUUUAUUUGGUUGGUGCAUGAGACAGAAAAAUGUGACAUAGAAAAACACUUCUGCCAUUUCCAAAACCGAAAAGCAAUGUCCUCGACAACUGAUUCCAAACCAUCCGAAUCAUUAGAACUAACAUCAGCCGGAGAAUUAUCGACAGGUUGGGCUGAGCCCAAUGGGGAAGCCACGACGUCGGGAGUAGCAGGAUCCGCAGCAUUAUCAGACGGGUCAGGGGACACGGCCCGCUCAGGUGAAUCGGUAGCAACGGAUGGUCCAGGACCAGCGGGAGGACAAACCACAGCAAUAACAGGUGGGUUAGGGACCGCACUAGGCGAGACCACAAAUUCAGUAGAUAGGAUGGAAACUGUGCUAGGUAGGACCACAAUCUCAACAAAUGGGCCGGGAACAACGCUAGGCAACCAUUGUCUCAAGUUAAGAACUCGAGGUUUGAAAUGGAAGGGUUCCCGCCAAUCACGAGGGAAGGCUGAUCAAGUUGCCGGAAAGAACCAAAAGUGAUGUGCGGCUUGCCUUCGUCCACUAAAGAGUGACCGACGGUCAAAGAAGGAACCGGCAAACGUUCCUAAGGUCGAAGAUCAUAGCCGGCCAUAAGACAUCCAUCAAUUUUAGCUUGAACAACCGUAAAGCAAUAACCUUUCUUUUGGGUUUCAUCUCCAGAAGAGUGGCUGAGUUUUCAUGUUGGCUCGCCAAGCCUAUCACAACCCUCCUCCUUUACCCGGGCUUGGGACUGGCUAUGUUGAGAUAACAUAGGCGGAGCAAGCAUCAGGGAUCAGCUUUGAGCACUAUCUUUUUGCCCUGGUGAUGGAUGAGGUCACAAGGGAUAAACAAGCAGAUAUCCCAUGGUGUUUGCUCUUUGCGGACGAUGUGGUGCUAGUGGACGAUAGUCGGAUGGGGGUAAAUACGAAGUUAGAGUUAUGGAGAGAAACCUUGGAAUCGAAAGGGUUUAAGCUUAGUAGAACUAAAACCGAGUACAUGAUGUGCGGUUUCAGUACUACUAGGUGCGAGCAGGAGGUUAGCCUUGAUGGGCAGGUGGUGCCUCAGAAGGACACCUUUUGAUAUUUGGGGUCAAUGCUGCAGGAGGAUGGGGGUAUUGAUGAAGAUAUGAACCAUCGAAUUAAAGUCGGAUGGAUGAAGUGGCGCCAAGCUUCUGGCAUUCUCUGUGACAAGAGAAUGCCACAAAAGCUAAAAGGCAAGUUCUACAGGACAGCGGUUCGACCCGCAAUGCUGUAUGGCGCUGAGUGUUGGCCGACUAAAAGGCGACAUGUUCAACAGUUAGGUGUGGCGGAGAUGCGUAUGUUGAGAUGGAUGUGUGGCCACACGAGGAAGGAUCAAGUCCGGAAUGAUGAUAUACGAGAUA